CUGAAGUUCAAACUGAUUUUGACCAAUCUGGAUAAAGCACUUGCUUCUGGCCUUCAGACGACAGCUAUGGUGGAAUAUCAUCCUGAUAAGAAUGAAGACACUUUUGACCAACUUCUUAUUUCAAUAGGAAAUAAAACAAUAGAGAUCCCUCUAAUUGGGUUGAUUCUAUCCUGUCAACUGGAAAUUGAGUCAGAAGUUAAUUUUGGGACAUUGGUUGCCAAUAGUAAAGUAUAUUGUAAAGAGAUUAAUAUCAUUAAUCAUGGCAGAGUACCAGGUAUGUUUAAAACAGAAUACCAGGGCCAGUUACCCAUUGUCACUUUUCCAACCAUUGGUAUUGUGCAGCCCAAGUCAUCAAUGGUUAUUAAAGUGGAUUUCUGUGCAGACUGGCCCAUAAUUGUAAAUGAAGUGGCAAAAGUGAGUUUGCGAGAUCGUCCAGACAUAUUCUUGAAUGUCAAAGCUCAUGUUGUUGAGCAGAUUAUUGAAUUGUUAAACAUGAGUAAUGAUAAAAAGUUGGAAGGCAUAAGCUUUGGUCCUGUUUUCUUUGGAAUGUCAAAGAUUGAACAUGCACUUCUAUACAAUAAUAGCCCAGAACCUAUAAAUUGGGUAGCCAUAAUGCAAGAUGAUUCUGUUGGAGAAGAAUUGGGUACAAAUAUUCAACAAAGAACAGAUGUUGCUUUAAAUAAUCUAACCUACUUAAGGAAAAUAAAGAACAUAGAUAUUACCACAUUUAUCUCCUAUGUUCCUAAUGAAGGGAGGUUACAGCCUUAUCAAAAGAUUUUAAUUACAUUUUGUUUCAGCCCAAAGCUAAUCAUUAAUGGUCAAAAGGAUGAUCCUUCACACAGGCAAGACUAUGCUCUCUUUUUGAGAUUUGAGUCUGUAGGAAGUAAAGAUGGAUUUUUGAGAGAUGAUAACAAUAAAACCAUCAAAAUGAGAAAAAUGGAAUUGGACUUCAGUUUAGCAAGAAAGAUCAAAGAGAAAAAUAAUAGGCAGAUGACAGAUGAAAUCCAGAAAGAUGAGCCAUGGCAAGUCAAGAGUCUAGAAGAUUUACAUGUUGGUACAAGUGAUGUCAUUGAGCAGAGUUGA